AUGAUGUUAACAAAUGUUAAUGGUUCUUAUUGUUUUAAAUAUUUUCUUAUAUGUUUUAUCAUUUUCUCAAUGAUAGUUUAUUAUUAUUAUAAUAACAAUUUUAAUUCAUUGUAUGAUAUGAUGAUUAUUUCUAAUGAAGAAUAUACAAGAAAAUUUCAACAAUCAUAUUAUCAAUUACCUUUGUAUAUGAAUAAACAUUGUACAUAUUCUACAUGUUUCAAUAUUAGUAAUUGUGUUCGUGAAAUUAUUGACAAAUCAUUACAUAAUAUUAGAAUUUAUAUUUAUCCUUUAAAUGAUAGUUUAAUGUUUACAAGUUUUAGUCAACAAUUUAUUUCCUUAUAUAAUACCAUUAUAUCUAGUAAAUAUUAUGUGAAUCAAAUUGAAGAAGCAUGUAUUAUUAUCCCAGGAUUAGAUUUAUUAUAUGCUUAUCCAGAUGAUAAUCAAAUGAUCGAUUUAUCUAUGCGUUAUUUACAUCAUUUGCCAAGCUGGAACGAAGGGAAAAAUCAUUUAAUUAUUAAUUUUCUUUCAAAUGAAAAAUUAAAAUAUACAGCUUCAGCUGUUGUUGCCAGUGCUAGUCAUACAAGUUUAACGUUCAGAUCGAAAUUUGAUGUAGUUCUACCGGCAUUUAAUCCAUUGACUGUUGUAGUGAAUCAACGUAUUCAUGAGAGACGUACUAUUUUUUUAAUUGUUUUCCAAUCAACUGAUCAAAAUUUGAUCUACCAAGUGCAAUACCUCCUAUUAGAUUCUCGCACGUCAAAUUCAAAUUUAGUGCGCCCCAUACUUGUUCUAGACUCUUCAUCAAACCAAUCUAAUACAACCUAUAAUCAACGUUUUGUGCUAGUAUCUGAAUCACCAUAUCGUCAAGGUGUGGAAAAAUGGAUAGACUAUUCGGAAUCAUUGUGUUCUAGUGAAUUUUGUUUGAUCAUUGAUGCGGACAAUUUAAAUCGUUUUAAUUUGUAUGAUAGUCUAGCUUGUGGUUGUAUCCCGGUGAUUGUCAAUGAUGAUAUUGUUUUACCUUUCUCAGAAGUUCUUGAUUGGUAUAAAAUUGCUAUUCAUAUUCCACAAGUUAAAUUUCAAAAGAUUCCAUCCAUCUUAUCAACAUAUUCAUCAAAAGAAAAAUCUCUCCUUCGAAAACAGAUAAUGUUUAUUUAUCAACGUUAUUUUUCAUCAAUAGAGAAAAUUAUAUUGACCACUUUGGACAUAUUAAAUGAUCGUGUAUUUCCUCAAUAUUCACGGUCUUAUGCUGAAUGGAAUUAUCCUAAUUAUUCUAAGGUUGGACUACCUAUAUCUCCAGUAUUAUUUUACCCUGCUAAAGCUUUUACACGUACUGGAUUUACUGCUCUCAUUCGAGCUCAUAAUCAUUUCACACUACUUUGUAUUUUGUUAAAAUCGAUUCAGUCUGUAAAAUCCUUGAGACGGAUUGUUGUUGUAUGGACAAAUAAAAUAUAUCCAGUCCCUGAUUCUACAUUAUGGCCAUCUUUAAUAGUUCCUUUAAGUGUAGUUCGUUCAGCUUAUGGUUCAGUGAAUGGUCGAUUUUUUCCUUAUCGACAAAUAAUAACUGAAGCUGUUUUUUCUAUUGAAGAAGAUACAUGCUUACCGUCGGUUGAAUUAAUCGAACGUGCAUUUGAGUUAUGGUGCCAAAAUCCUGAACGAUUAAUAAGCUUAUCUGAUCAAUCCAUCUGGAAUUUAUUUGAUAAUAAUCAAUCCUUUUCUGCUAGUUUUUCAUCAGUGUUUUUCCAUAAACAUUAUUUACAUCUGUAUACAGAUCUUUUAGCAAGUUCUAUCAAAGCAUUUAUAGAUGAUUUAGAUACAUGUGAAGAUAUCUUCUUUUAUUGGUUCAUGAUACAAACAUCUAAUGGUCAGUCGGUGUUGAGCACCAGUGGCAGUAACCGUUCAUCUACAAACAAUUAUUCAUCUAAUCUAUAUAAUUUAUCGAAUGAAUGUAAUAUUACACCGAAACAUUGUUCAUUUCAUCUGCCUCUUGUGCUAAUUCCCACUUAUCAUGUACAUGUUCUAUUACUCUUGGAUCAGACCAAUUCAAUGCCACUACAUAUGGGUUUUCUCCUGUAAUAAAAUACAAAUUAUCAUACAGUCAUUUUCUUCCUAUAUAUUUCUUGCCUACUUGGAGAGAUCAUGUUUUCGAUUAUGAAGUCAUCCAUUUAAAUCAGGUACAAUCUAACUUCCAGAAUAGUAUGAUGCAUGCAUCUAUAUACUUGUGAAGCACAAAAUCAAUUUAAUAAAAUUUGAAAACGUG